UGUUUCAACAAGAAACUUUGGACAAAGAUGGAGGGGAAAGUAAAAAGUGAACUGGUAGUCGUGUCAACUCCGGUUAAUUCACCGAAUUUAGGGCCCAUUUCCACCACAACGACAGUAGCGAAUACGACCCAGGGAGUUCCGCACUCUGCUUCAAGCUCUGCUUCAACUCAAUUUGCACACCUGCCGGGGUUCGAUUUUAGCACCGUGCGACCGCCAUUCCCAAGCCCGGGAGGCAACGGGUCAAACCUGGGUCACGGAUCGGUGACAGUUCAGUCGUUGUUACAGCAGCAAGCUCACCUUUUGCAGCUGCAGCAAGCGCAUCAACUUCAUGAAUUACAGCAACAACAACAACAACAGCAACGGCACGUCACCGUCGGGCCUGAAUUACCGAGUCCUGGGGGCCCGAGUCAACAUGGUCAGGUUCCUCCCCCACAUAUUGGGUAUCCAGGAAUGCAAGGUCACGCAGUCGCUAAUAUGCUUCCGAUGCCCUCAGCUCACCAGCUAACUCUAGCCAGCCAACUAGCGCGGCUCCGUCCAGGAAUGAUGCCAGGACUCGGGGGACAAGACCUAGCUGGGCCAGGUGCCAGUCUAGCUGCAGCCGCUGCUGCAGCCAGCUUGGGCCUGCCGUUUGGCUUACCUCACCCCCACGGUCUUCCAUUGCCAACCCUCGGGCUUGGCCUACAAGGAAUGGCACCUAACCCAGAUAGGCAAGGGAUCAUGGCUGGCUUUGGAAUAACGACGCAACAGCAACAGACACAAGCCAACUCCAGCAAUUUCCCAUCCACCUUCCCAUCCAUUCCACCGCCGCUCCUGUCACCAGACUAUCCAACAGACAUGAUACAACCAGAUGCCUUUGGAUCACUUGGUAUCAUUCCUGUGGCUGCCAACCCAACAGGUCAAUGUAGCCAAGGAGACAUGACAGGGUCAGAUUGUAGUGACCGAUCAGGAAUGACCUGGCUUGAUGCUGCCCAGGUCAUUUUAGAAGAAGCUGGAUGCCCUCUACACAUCAAGGACAUCAAGCAGCGUAUUUUAGACCGAGGUCUGGUCCAGUCUAAUGCCAAGUCUUCUCUUGAAGCAGUCCUGUACCGAGACACACAACGAGGCAGUCGGCGAUUCAAACGUGUCGAGGGACAAAAUGGUGUCUUCCGAAUAAUGACAGCAGAGGACAGAGUGAAGAAACGCAGUAAGCCAGUUCACAGCACAUCACGCAAACGAGUCACAUCAACAGCCAAGGACACAGAGGCUCUACAGUCACUGCUCUACAAGGCUAAAUACCGCAAACUGCGCAAACUCAUCAAACUGAUGAUAUUUGAAAAUGCCGCACUCAACGAUGAAGUGUGCCGCAUUGAGCAGAAAGUUGAGCGAGCCCAACAAGAGCGAUUUUUCCUCCUUCAACGUGUCCUUCACUAUCGCGAAAUCUGUGACAUCCCGCCCUCUGCCUCCAAAGCCACGCCCUCCUCCAGGCGACUGGUAUCCAGGCGUCAUGGGACCGGUGAAGAUGGCGACGGGCAUCUGUCAUCGCUGGGAUCAUUGAACAAACGUGAAAAAGCCGAGAAAGCCAACAAAACCAAGAGAAAACACAAAAAACCCAAAAAGACAGAAAAAGAAAAACCAAGAAAGGAUGCUGUGAGGUCAAAAACCAAGAGGUCAUCGGGCAUGUCAACUAAGCGCCUUGUGCAGCAGAUACCAUUAGAUUCUACAGGCAGGCCAGUUUUCCCUAUCAAACUGAGUAGCCUGACUGUCCACAGCCUGGGUCAGAUUGUAACUGACCGUUCAGGCUAUCAUGAUGAGCACUGCAUCUAUCCGUCUGGAUUCUGCAGCAGUCGGACUUACACCAGCGCCAAAGAUCCCAACGUUUUGUGUCUCUACACCUGCAAAGUCCUGGACGCAGGUCAAAAACCAAGGUUUGAGAUUGUUGCAGAAGAUGAACCAGACCAUCCGUUUGUAGGUUCAUCACCAACGGAAUGUCACAACAACCUGCUGGAUGACGGUAAAGAGAUUGAGAAUGCCAAAGGUAAAGGCACGGAUUUCUUCGGCCUAACGCACCCAACCAUCCAGAACCUGAUUCAGAGCUCACCAGGUGCACGGAAAUGCCUCAAGUAUAAAUGGAUGAAGUUCACCACGACAAGGUCACCACUUGACCACAGGGUCGAAGGUCAAACCAAGCACAAGGCUAGAGACCCUGGAAAAAAGAAUCGUCGGGAAGGAAGCAGUAGUGUGAAGAAGCAUGAUCAAUCAAACACCAAGCAAGAUCCAGACUCCCGUUAUGUUCUUGCGUCAGCAGACCCACUCAGCCCAAUGACAUCAUCUGGAGACAGUCUAAACUAUCAACUCACCAGCCCAGUUGACACGUUCCCGACAGAAACAAGGGCGAAGACAAAACCCAGUGAGGAAUCUUCCAGUACAACACAAACUAGAUCUAAACCAACCCUAACCAAGGAGGACUCAAAACUCAGUACCAUGCAAACCAGAUCAAAACCCACAUCAGGGCCAACUAACCAAGCUAAACCGGAUUCACAAACCCAAACUAAAACUAAACCAGAUUUGCUAACUCAAACAAAGACUAAACCUGAUUUGCCAAUCCAAACCAAGACAAAACCAGAUUUACCCAGCACUCGGGUUCACACCAGAUCUAACUUGCCCAACCAGGUUCAAACAAGGUCCAAACCACUUCAUCCUCACAGCGGAAUCAAAACAGAAUCCCAAGGUGAUCAAAUUGAGAAAUCCAGUCAGUAACAUUCAUUAACUUCAAGUACAUGUAAUCAAGGUCAAGGCCCUUCAACUCUAUACAGCAUAUGUAUUCACAAGGCAUGCGGUAUGCUUGGACCUCACUUUGUUACCUUAACAACUGUACAGUCCCACCAUUUGGUAGUCACAUGACGUGUAUAUUUACACCCUUAGUCAUUGUCUGUACAUUACUGUAUAAUACCUGCAUUCAAACUGAUCAUUUGUGUACCCUUUAAUUGAACUAAAUUAAAGGCCUUUGACAUGUAAAGUUGGUUUGAAAUUACCUAUCCCAUUUUCUCACAGUUCAAUGAAAGUUAUGAACCUACACAGGCGAUGGCAUCGCAUUCUUAGGCAAAGUGUGUCAAAAUGAUACAAUGUGGAUGUAUCAUGUUCAGAUCUGUCAGCAGUGUAAUGAUUUUGUAAGAAGCCGUUCUGCCUACAAUCUCUAUUCUUAUAUCACCAGUGCCUUUCAGUUAAAUGACAUUUAAGGAUUUUUCUGUUGGGACUUUUUCAGAGAUAAUGGAACACUAUGCAAGUCCCUUGUGCCAUUUCUGUGGAUAUACAAUGUAGCGUCUUUAAUCAGCAUGUCUUUGAUAUAGGUUAGCUGUGCAUUGAAGGAAAUGUAACUCAACUCUCAAUGUCUUUCUUAUUACAAAAUAAAUAUAUAUGAAAAGGGCAAAGCUGUGAA